AUGGGAUGGACGUGUCCGGACGAUUGCAGGUACCACUGCACCCACCGAGUCACCAACGACGCCUUUGAUCGCGUCAACCAUAUUAAGAGCGAAGCGCAGCAAGCCGUGCAAGCUCUGGCCAGCAUAGCUGCGUCUGAUGGUAGCCAGGGCUUUGGUGGCAUGUCGCGGGCUGCUCAGAAGCAAAAGUACGAGGAAUUGGUGGAGAGCAGGCUCAAGCAGCUGUCGCCUGUGCAAAAGCAGAUGGUCCAGUAUCAUGGCAAGUGGGUCUUCAUUCGCUUCUUGGGGGCUCAAGAACCCCUGAGCGUCAUCUUUAGCCUCUUGAACCUUUGGGUGCACUCGAAAGGCGUGGUGCAGCUGCGAUCGCAAUUGCCAGACCUCUUCCCAUUGAAGGUCAUCUACAUUCUUCAUGCGCUCGUCAGCUGCAACGCAUGGAUCUGGUCCGCGGUAUUCCACGCCAGAGACAAGGGCUGGACAGAGAAGCUCGACUACUUCAGCGCAGGCGCCGUCAUCCUUUCAGGACUCUUUUUCUCCAUUUGCCGUCUAUUCCGCAUCCCGCCUUCCCAUCCCAAUUUUACUCUGCUCGCACGUGUGUGCGCUGGAGCGCUCGCCGUUCAUAUCCUCUAUCUCAGCAUCGGGCGAUUCGACUACUCGUACAACAUGACGGCCAAUGUGCUCGUUGGCUUAGCGCACACAUUUCUUUGGCUUGCCUACUCCUUGCGGCCCUCGGCCUUCCCCGGUCCCAAUGAUGGCGUAUCAUCUAGCGCGAGAUCAGCUGCAAACGGCAGGGCGAACGAAAUGCCACCGAAUGCGCUUAGCGGGAAUGCAUCGUCUCCGACUCCUAUCCUGUCGACGAUUCCACCACCAUCAUCAUCGCGAACAGCGAGGAUCAGGCUGCAAGUGGUUGUAGGUCUCCUGGUAGCUGCGACGUCCCUAGAGCUGCUCGAUUUCCCUCCCAUCCUGCGCGCUCUGGAUGCGCAUGCGCUAUGGCACCUGGCUACAGUGCCGCUUGCGAGCAUGUGGUACAAGUGGCUGAUCGACGAUGCGAGGGAGUGCACAUCCUCUGGCUGGUGGGUAGGCAGAGGACUGCGGGAUCCUUCGAUCGACGUCGCUCCGCACGUCGUCGAGGCGAUGGAAAAGGCCAAGGUAUGGGCAGUCAAAGCCGCUGCUACCACGCAGCAGGGCCAUGCUGUCGGCUCUGAGCUGGUCGCUCGGAUAAGGGGAUUUGGAGAAAGGAACCUGAGCACAACUUUUGGUAGCGCUGUUGGUGCAGCUGCCUCGCCAAGCGAGAGGGAGAUUGAAAAGGCAAAAGAGAUGGGCGGACGCUCACACGGUGGUAUUUCCGUGUAG